AUGGCUUCACCACAAGCUCAAAGUUCGUUCUACGUUCUAACCCAGUCUUUGAGAUCGAAUAAUUUCAACUGACAUUUUCUUCUCCUCUCUCCUCAGCCCACACCCCAUCUCCCACCUCUCCAAUCUCCUCGGACUCCCCUCUAGGCCUUACGCACAAUGAUCCCUUCGCAGCACAACGCAAAGAUCCCAUAGACAACAACCCGUUUGCGUCGAAAACCCAAGGCCCAAUAAACAUACCGACUCCCACAUCUCCAAACGCAACAGUAAACACACAUAGCGGAUCACCAAAUCAAGAUCGAAGAUUAAGUUCCGAUGAAUGGGGUUCGUUGAAUUUCCCUCUCCAUCGUCGUCCUUUCCAUCCCAAUUCCUCACCUCUGUUAUUACCAUCAUUUCCCUCUUCCUCACCUUCUCCUUUUACCUUACCCCAUUCAUCACAUCCCCCACCAUCUAAAUAUUCCCUAUCUGCCCUAUCUUCCUUAUCUUCCCAUCCUCUCAGUCCUUCCAACUUCUCCCCCCUCUCAAUCCCCCGGCCAACAUCGCCAAUAAAACUAACACCAACGCUAACACAACUUACCCCUUUUUCUUUCCAGACGCUUCCAAAACCCCUCCUUCCCGUUUUCAAAAACGUAAAGGUUCGAUUUACGCUACGCCGAGUUCUCGCGAUGGUCAUGUCGAUAAACAUAUUGAUCGCGAUGCUGUAUUCCAUGCAACACAUGCGGAGAAAGGAUAUGGGAGUAUCUUCGGUUUAGGUGGGAGUCGCAAUAAAGAGGGAGGAAACCAACUUGGAAGGAGAGUUAGCAAGAGCGACUGA